UACUUUGUUACCCAUGACAAUUAUGUACACUAAGAUGGCGGAUGUUUGAUAUGACAUGGGUCAAGUCCGUCAGGUGUAAUAUUAUACCGGUCGUUUAUGUUUGAUUUAAUAACUUAAGGUAUUAAAUAAGUGACUUAAUGUACUAUUGUUGGAAAAAUAAAUAAGGAUAAUGUGUUUUAACUGACCAAUUAUUGAAGGACAUUUUGGAUAAGGACAGCUAUGGCGAGCAGUAUGGCAGUGCCCCGUUCCUCAAGAUCCGUAGGUUCGGGGAGGGGAAAGAAUAUGCCCCUCAUUACUCAUCCUAUGGCUAAUCUAGGGGACAUGACAGAUUUAUCAAUACGUGGAACAUCAAGCCUUGGUUUACACAGACAGAAAACUGAUGUAUCGUUUAACCGAACAAAACAAGAUCUUGGUGCCAACGUAAGGAGGUCGACCACUGCUGUCGAGAGAGAUGAAGAUGGUAUUCCCAAUGGAAGAAAGAGUUGUCCAGAUAGAAUACUACAAUGGCCACCAGAGUAUUUAGUUGGACCCAAAGCAUCAGCUGUUAAAUGCGAGGACUUACAGUUUUCUCCGGCUAGAGAUAAAGUCCUAGAGCUGACUGAUAUAGUACGAGAAAGACUAACGACAGGAUAUUACGGACUACGCCAUCUUUUUAGAGCCAAUGAUCCUACCGGCCAAGGAAAUGUGUCAAGAGAAGCAUUGCUCCGGAUACUGUAUUCCUUGUGUGGAUUUAUCACAAGAGAACAAUACUCAAAGUUUCUUAAAUCUCUUGGAUUGGAAGGAAAGGAAACCAUAGCAUUUGACAACUUUGUAGCAUGUUUUAAAGAAAAUGAGACAGUACAGAAACAAUGGGUAAGCCCAGUACAGAGAUCAGCAUUAGAGGAGGCAUUAAAACGGAGGCAUCCUGAAGAUAGACUCAAACUUGAUUUGAAAAGGCACGAUCCAUAUACAUCUGCACCAUUCUCUGAUACGAUCUUCAAAAGUAAAUUGAAAACUAUUGAAGAUGCUAGAAAGGUGUUCCCAGCAAUAUGUUUUGAACCUGAUGGUAUGAUAGUGCCACCACAACUACGAGAAGCAUACGCACACAUCGGCAUUUAUCUGCACGAUUCAGACUUCCAAGUUUUGUGGGAUAGAUAUGACACCGAAGGUUCAGGUGGUAUAAGAACAAUUCCAUUUCUCAGAAAGCUUGGUUGUGAUUUGAAUCCAAGACCAAAAACAUUCCACAGAUCACAUACGCAAGUGCCCGUUCAGCAACCACAGAGGCCAAAGUCCGAUCAUUUCCUGUAUAAAUCCGUCGAUAUCAUAGACAAAGUGCAACAUGAUGUGGAAACUGACACUGCAUUGCAAGUAGAAAAGACAACAGAACAGAUAGGGAAUGGAGUGAUUAAAACGACAGAGAAGUCAGAAACAACGGUUGAGAAGGAAAGCAAAACAGAAUCUACGGAAUGUCAAACUAAAGUUAAACCAGCAAAACCAAAACUAAGGAAAGGGCAACCAAAAUUAGAUAACAUUAUAGACUGUUUACAUUAUAGGUUUGAAGAAUCAUACAACGCAAUAUUAACAGCAUUUGAGUUGUUUGACAAUUUGAGUGAUGGAUAUAUUUCCAGAGUAGAUUUCAGACGUGUUCUACAGGAAUUUGGCUUUAACAUUUCAAUAAGUGAUUUAGAUCAUUUCUUAUCUAGUAUUGAAAAACUUUCAAAACAACUAAAUGAUAAGACACUGAGUAAAACAUUCAAAAGCAUAUUUGGCGGGAGACUUAAAGGAAGUGCAAGCACUACAAUGGAUAGAUUAGCAGAGAAAACAGUUCAAGAAAAAGAGUCACAGGUUACAAUGGGGAAAGCUGAUGUUGGAAGUCGAGUAAGAAAAACAGCUUGGACUGAAUUAGAAGAAAGUGACUCUAAUAUGCAAAUUGGCAAUUCGAAUAUAAUAAAUAGACAAUCAACUAAUUCACAUCAGAAAAACGUAACUGAGCGGAAAAAGACAGCUCACUUUGGAAACUCAAGUUUUAACAAAAUGGCCAAAGCAAUGCGAGAGAGGAAAGAAAACCAGCAGUCAUCAAGUGCAAUUGUCGGUAACAGAUGCUUUAGUAGAGUAUCAGAAAGGGUAACAGAGAAAACAAUCGACCAAGAUAAACGAUGCGUUAGUGUAGGGAAUACAAGUAUAAGUGUGGAAACAAAAACAACACAUAAGUCCGUUAGUUCUGUCGACAUCAGGGCCAGUAUAAGAUCUAUAAGGGGUCAACUGAACUACAAGGAAUUCUUGUACAAGUAUCAGAGCAAGUCAGAAAACAGUAUGACUAACAGAAUUGUUACAAACCAAGCCCAUAUAUUUCAACAUGAUUCCCAACCAUUGCCAAACAGCAAUUUAAGCGUGGAGGAAAUGGAAGCCAAACUGGUUGAUUAUUUCCAUGGUGAUUUCCUCAAGCUUAUGAGCUUUUUGAAAUCAUGCGAUAAGUAUGGUCUGGGUGUAAUUACUCCUCAUGAGUUCCGUGGUGCUUUAGAGAAGAGACUUGGUUACACUAUGUCCGAUAAACAAUGGGAACAGUUGAAAAAUGAUGUUGGACAAGAUGCAGAUGGUCUUAUACCUUACAACAAAUUCCUCCAACUUUUCGAUGUUAUCAAAGCGAACAAAAAAAGGCCUGGAUCUUGGAAUAAGAAACAGGAAGGAGGGGUAGACGUUGUUAAGGUUGUAAAGUCAGACAUGCCAACACCAGCAGUAGUAGAAUUGUUAAUGAAAGAGAAAGCAAAGACGUCUAUAUCAUUCAAGGAGGUGGAGAAACCAAAAAUAGAUGGAUCAGGAAAUAAAACGAUUGUAGAGCUCAAACGACUGCUCGAGGAAUUGUUCAAAAACAAGUUUCACACUUUUGAUAAGCAUUUCAAACAAAUGGACAGGAAAAUGAUGGGAAGAAUGAGUAAAUGGCAGUUUGGAGCAUUGAUAAAAUUGUGUGGUUUAUCAAUGAACCAACAGGAACUUGAUAAAGUAUGGGCCACACUCAGUGUCGCUAAUGAUGGAAUGUACAGCUACAGUGCACUUAUACGACACUUUAUGCAGUUUAAAAGUAAAAAUAAAACAGCAGAAAAUGUUUUAAUUGAGGACACUACAGAUGCUGUAGAGCGGGCCCAUCAAGUUCAGAGAGAGAGAAGAGAGAAGAAAGCACAAGAAACGCAUAUGCCUAUAGAAACAAUUGAACCAGAACCUCAGAAAACCGCACCAUCCUCUGCUAUGUCAGUGAAGAGUGUUCGUACAAAAGACUUACUUGUUAAGGUGAAACCAGACGUGAUUAGUAACUGGGAAGGACUGAAAUCUGUUUUCAAAUAUAUAGACAAGAAUGGUUGUGCGACAGUUAACUACAACGAAAUAACAGAAGUAAUGGAGUCAAUGAAGUUUAAUCUAUCAGCAGAGGAACUGAAGGAACUAAUACUGAGGUUUGAUUUACAGAAAAAUGGAAGAUUCCAUUAUUUGGAGUUUAUGAAAUGUUUUUCAAACCGACCUGUACCAGCGUCACGUUACAAAACCCUUGUCUACAGCAAACACGCACACAAACUAGAGCAAAAACAACGGGACAUAGGAUCAGCCACUGUGGCACAAGUAAUAAACAAUAUGAGAAAGAAGAUGAUGAAUGAACACAGAAAUCUAAAGAGAGCCUUUAAAAAGAUGGAUCGUCAAAACAGAGGUUAUCUCAGUGUUAUUGAUUUCAAGAAGGUUUUGACAACUUGCAAAGUUAGCUUUAGCAAUGAAGAUUUUUACCAUAUCCUCUCCGAAUUUGACCAUAACAUGACUGGGAAAAUAUCUUAUCAAGAUUUUCUAACAACUUUCAUGAAUGCAAAUAUAUAGAAUAAGUAGAAAUAGUGACGAUGUAAAUUUGAAGUUCCUUUUUUGGUGCAUUUUUGAAGCAAGAAAUAGUUUUGUUAUGAUGAAUUUUUCAGAAAUUGGAAAGAAAGGUUCAGAUAGCAUUUAGCAAGAUUUUUAUAGAAUCAGUAGUUGCGAAUAAUACACCUGGCUUAUUUCUUACAUAUUUUGCUUUUUUACUUCAGAAUAUUUCAAGUAAAGAUAUUGUUUUAAAUUUCUUUCUGUGCCAAACAAAAAUGAGGGGCAGAUGAUAUUAGAUUAACUCGUAGAUACCAAAAUUGACAUAAUCUGUUAUUAUGUUACUUUACUGUUAUAUUUGUUUAGAUACUGUUAUGUUUAUAUUAUUUUAUAGUCAAAUUGUUAACUUAUUCUGUGAUAAUAAAUGUUUUUGUAAUGUUCCAAUGUUACAUGUACGUCUGUUUGUUCUAAAUGAUCAUAUAUAUUAACUCAUUAUCUUUGUAGGAGAGGUAGAAUCAAAUGUUUAAGCAGAAUUUGCAUUUAUUCAUUUUUAAUCAUUAACAAAUAUUAAGCAUUUAGAAGAAUGUUAAUGAGCUUUAAAAAUUAAAUCAUUGAAAUACAAAACAUGAUAUAUUAUCAUAUCUGUCAAACAAUUACGGUAGUUGUUUUAAAUUAGUUUUCUUUUGAC